AUGAAGCUUCAGGACCGAUAUCCUGAACUGUCGUCGCUCCAGCGAGCGGAGCGACUUUGCCGCCUCGUCCAUAGUCCUGAGGACUUGCUCAAAGAGAUCCGCAACCCGGGCCAUACCAAUUGGGAUCCAUUUGAAGAGCCAGAGAAUCUUCUCUUAGAGAUCGAAAGUGGUAUUUUGAUUCGACCGAACCAGGAGAAUGUUACCAGGACAAUGACUUGGUCCACCCGAGGACAGAAUAUCGUGCUGGAAUUGAAUAUGGGGGACGGAAAAUCAUCGGUGGUAGUGCCUCUUGUCGCCGUAGCGCAUGCUAAUGGCCGAUGUAUUGCCAGAAUUCUGACUCUAAAGCCCCAAUCGCGACAAAUGUAUCAAAUGCUCGUUGGGAAGUUGGGCGGCCUCCUGGAUCGUCGAGUUUAUCAGCUUCCCUUCUCGCGGUCAUUGAGUCUCGGGGAGGCUGAAGUAGAUGAAAUUCAGCGCAUGUGUUACGAGUGCAUGUCAAUUGGCGGUGUCUUGCUUGUACAACCAGAGCAUAUCCUGUCCUCGAAGCUCAUGUGCCUUGAAUGCUUCAUUAUGGGGAAACUCGCGGUAGGCCGCUCGCUACUUCACACCCUGAACUUCUUUCGCGAGUAUGCCUGUGACAUCAUUGAUGAGAGUGAUGAAACUUUCAACGCCAAGUUUGAAUUGAUAUAUUCUAUGGGCGCUCAGCGCCCUGUGGAGCUUAGCCCGCAGCGAUAG